CGCGGAGACGCGCUUCUUCCUCCAGACAAACCCUGCAGACACAGCUGGAGCUUCAUUCCCUGAGCUCACACUCGCGCUGCUGGUUGUGCUGCAGAAUCUGCCGGACUCCUGCUGGACGCGCGCCGCACACUUCUUCGACCUGCCGGAUUUUCUGUCCUGGAAGGCCACGGGCUCCUUAUCCAGGUCUCUGUGUACGCUGGUGUGUAAGUGGACUUACUCGGCGUCUGAAGGGUGGGACGACACUUUCUGGAGCGCCAUUGGCCUGGAGGACCUGAUUGAGGACAGCUAUGCCAGAAUAGGCAGUCAGGUGUGUUGUCCCGGGGCAGCAGUGGGUCGGGGUCUGACGGCGGCAGCGGCUGCAGAUCUGGGCCUCAAUGAGGGAACAGCAGUGGGGGCUUCACUCAUAGAUGCCCAUGCUGGAGGAAUAGGUGUGCUCGGUGCAGACGUGUCGGGUCUCCAUCUGCCCUGUGAACAUCAGCCGCUCACUGCCCGCAUGGCCCUCAUCUGCGGGACGUCCUCAUGCCACAUGGCUGUGAGCAGAGAGCCACUGCUGGUCCCCGGGGUCUGGGGUCCGUAUCUGUCCGCGAUGCUGCCGGGGCUGUGGCUGAAUGAGGGAGGACAGAGCGCCACGGGGAAACUGCUGGAUCAUGUGGUGAAGGGACACGCAGCGUUCAGACAGCUGGAGGAGCAGGCGGAGCACAGUGGGAGACACAUAUACACACAGCUGAACCUGCACCUGCAGCAGAUGAGCACAGAUGCCACACACCUGGAGCAGCUGACCACACACCUGCACAUCUGGCCGGAUUUCCACGGCAACCGCUCACCCCUAGCGGACCAGACGGCACGCGGCACGGUGGUGGGCCUCAGCCUAUCCCAGACGCUGGAUGAUCUCGCAUUGUUGUAUCUGGCAACACUACAGGCCCUCGCUCUGGGCUCCAGGCACAUCAUAGCCGCCAUGACUGAAGCAGGACAUGACAUCACAACCCUCUUCCUGUGUGGAGGCCUGAGCAAGAACACACUGUUUGUGCAGACGCACGCAAACACUACAGGGCUGCCUGUGGUGCUGCCGGCGGAGCGAGAGGCUGUUCUGCUGGGAGCUGCUGUGAUUGGAGCCUGUGCUUCAUCUGACUGCACAUCCAUACCGGAGGCCAUGAGGAAGAUGAGCAGAGUCGGCCGUGUGGUGCGACCCAACCCUGAGCUGCAGAGCUUCUACAGGAGGAAGUACAGUGUGUUCCUGCGGCUGUACCAGCAUCAGAAGGAGUGUGUGUCGCUGAUGGAGGAUUAGCAUCUGUGUUACUGCACACACACGCACACGUCUGCACUGAUAUAGGCUGUAGACACACAUGACUCCGCCUGCUGAUUGUAGAUGUGCUGCAGUGACUGACUGAUGAACGGGUCGCCGCUUCACAUGCUUUAGAUCAGCGCCUGCAGGAGGCAGAGACUCAGGGGUCUGCAGCCGACACACACUCUGCAGAGACCCACUGCUGGACAUCAGAUCUGUGACCCUGGAGACACACAGAAGGGCUGAUUGAUUAAGUCUGGUUCGUGUGGUUGAGUCUUAAAGAAUCCAGCUUCAUCAUCACUCUCUCUCUCUCUCUCUCUGUGUGUGUGUGUGUGUGUGUGUGUGUGUGUGUGUGUGUGUGUGUCUGUAAGGUUUUGUUUUGUGUUGAGAGAUGCCUUUAUGACUGGAUCUAGACUAGAUGUGCUGCUGUAACUGUAGAUGUUGCUCCUCUGCUCAUCAGUAAGGGCUGUACUGUGUUCUGGAGAGCAGUAGCUGUAGUUGGAGUCGACUGUUCGAUUGCUGGACGAUUCUUUUAAAGUCCCAAUAAAUGAAUCUUUAUUUCCCUGAGA